UGCACGCUGGGAGAGGUCUGCAUGCUGAUCUACUGAUGACGUCAUCGCAAAGCGCCCGUGUUGCGCUUAUUCUGUGGGACGCGCAGGCUGUAACCGGGACUUUUAUUAUUAUUUUUCCGUAGACCCUUCUUGUUAUCCUAGCGAUUCCCGGACCCAGUAGUAACACGAGCAGUUUAGUAGCAACUCCGUUUCACGAAGUUUCAGUGCACAUCUUCGCCUACUCUCCCUUUUGUUUCUCUUUGGCUGCAGUUAGUCUAUCCAUUUCCAAUGUAAGCCAUUUCCCUGUAGCCCGUCUCCCCUCACACCCUCGUUAGUAGGUGCGCGGCUGCUAUCAAUCAGCAUGGAUGUAGCAUACAUUUGUGAAUGGGACAGAAGGCCACGGACCAGUCACUGCCCAUCAAUCCCACUAGUUUGCGCCUGGUCUUGCCGCAAUCUUAUUGCUUUCACCACAGAUCAGCGCAAUGAGGAGGAGAAAGAUAUCACAAAUUUGAUCCAUAUCCUUGACACUGAGCAUCCCUGGGAUGUCUAUUCCAUUAACUCUGGGCACCAGGAGGUUAUUACCUGCUUGGAGUGGGACCAGUCUGGUUCCCGCCUGCUCUCAGCUGAUGCAGAUGGUCGAAUCAAAUGCUGGGGGAUGACUGACCACUUAGCCAACAGUUGGCAGAAUCUUGUAGGCAGUGAGGUGGAUGGAGAUCCCAUUGUAGCUCUGUCUUGGUUGCACAAUGGAGUCAAACUUGCUCUCCACGUUGAAAAGUCUGGUGUUUCCAGUUUUGGGGAAAAGUUCUCUCGAGUGAAGUUCUCCCCAUCUCUUACUUUGUUUGGUGGAAAGCCAAUGGAGGGUUGGAUUGCUGUCACAGUCAGUGGUUUGGUUACAGUGUCUCUGCUGAAGCCUAAUGGGCAGGUGCUGACGGCUACAGAAAGCCUGUGCCGACUACGUUGUCGUGUGGCGCUUGCAGACAUUGCAUUUACUGGUGGUGGAAACAUUGUUGUGGCCACGUGCGAUGGGAGCAGCACAUCUCCAGUACAAUUCUACAAAGUUUGUGUUUCCGUAGUAAGCGAAAAGUGCAAAAUCGACACGGAAAUCCUUCCUUCUCUCUUUAUGCGCUGUACAACUGAUCCCGCACGUAAGGACAAGUUCCCAGCUGUGACGCACCUUAAAUUCCUUGCCCGGGAUAUGUCAGAACAGGUUCUACUCUGUGCCUCCAAUCAGUGUUCCAGCAUAGCUGAGUGCUGGUCUCUGCGAAAAGAGGGUCUUCCACUUAAUAAUAUAUUCCAGCAACUUUCCCCAGCAGUAAGUGACAAGCAGCCCAUGAUUCUGAAGUGGCGCAUCCUCUCAGCCACCAAUGAAUUAGAGCGUGUUUCUGCUGUGGCAUUGCCCAAGCUACCCAUCUCUCUCACAAAUACUGACAUCAAGGUGGCAAGUGAAACCAAGUUUUAUCCUGGGCUUGGUCUAGCAUUGGCUUUCCAUGAUGGAAAUGUUCAGAUAGUUCACAGGCUUUCUCUUCAGCCAAUGGCUGUUUUGUAUGGAUCUUCCCUGCGGCCUUCUGAGGAACCCAGCUUAAAACGACAGCGUUCACCUACCCCUUGCAUCCACUUCAAAGCUUUGCAGAUGUCAUGGACUUCACUUGCUUUGGUUGGGCUGGAUACCCAGGGCAAGCUAAGUAUUCUGCGAGUCUCUCCUUCUAUGGGACAUUCCUUGGAUAUGUCAACAUCUCUACGUCACCUGCUUUUCUUGCUGGAAUACUGCAUGGUGACAGGGUAUGACUGGUGGGAUAUACUGCUUCAUGUGCAGCCCGGCAUGGUACACAAUCUAGUAGAGAAGUUAAAUGAGGAAUACACCAGGCAGAAUGCAGCACUUCAACAGGUUCUUUCCACUCGGAUUUUGGCCAUGAAGGCAUCUCUAUGUAAGCUGUCUCAGACCACUGUUACCCGUGUCUGUGAUUAUCAUGCAAAGCUCUUCCUUAUCUCCAUCAGUUGUACAUUAAAAUCUUUACUUCGUCCUCAUGUUCUCAAUACUCCUGACAAGAGUCCUGGAGACCGACUUACUGAGAUCUGCAACAAGUUCACUGAUACUGAUAUAGACAAGGUUAUGAUUAAUUUGAAGACAGAGGAGUUUGUGCUGGACAUGCCAACCCUUCAAUCUCUUCAGCAACUUAUACAGUGGCUUGGAGAUUUUGUACUUUAUCUGUUGGUCAGCUUACCAAACCAGGGUUCGUCAGUCCGGCCUGGGCACAGUUUUUUACGUGAUGGGGCAUCUCUUGGAACAUUACGUGAAAUGAUGGUGAUGAUUCGAAUUUGGGGUCUUCUAAAACCAAGUUGCCUGCCAGUAUAUACAGCAACUUCAGAUACCCAAGACAGCAUGUCACUGCUAUUCCGCCUCCUGACCCGUCUUUGGCUGUGCUGCCGAGACGAGUCUCACCCAUGUGACCCAGAUGAAUCAUUAAUAGAUGAAUGCUGUCUGCUUCCCAGCCAACUCCUUAUUCCCAACAUGGAUUGGCUGCCCCUUGGAAAUGGUAUUAUUAGCCGACUUCAGAGCAAACUUCCCUUACGCUUACAGUUUGGAAAACCCCCUGGAGCUCCUAGCUACGCUUCAGUGCACUAUGAGGCCCAUACUCGGUCCCCCACACAACCAAAGAUUGAUCACCUGAGAAGACUCCACCUAGGUACAUUCCCUACGGAGGCCUGCAAGUCCUGCACUAGGUGUGGCUGUGUGACAAUGCUCAAGUCCCCAAAUAAAGCAACAGCGGUGAAGCAGUGGGAACAGAGAUGGAUUAAAACGUGUCUGUGUGGGGGUCUUUGGAGAAAAAUGCCCCAUGCUUACUCUUGACUGCCUCACUCCCGUGUCUGUUGGAAAUCAGACUUGAGAGAAUUUUUCCAGGACAGUGCCUUAUGGCUGCUUGGUGGUACACAAACUGUAACGGUCAAACCAUUGUGCCAGUUAUGGAAUGUAAAAGAUGGAGAAAAAGAUGCAUAGAAUCUUUUCAGUAACUGAUAAAAGCUCACCCUGAUGUAUUCUCUGAAUGGUUCAUUGUAUAAUAAAUCAACGGUAAAAAAAACCAGCUUAAUGAAAGUACAAUGAAAGCAGAAGAACCUAAGUAAUUAAAGACUGUUACCGAGCAUCUUUGCCAUAUCCUUUUUAGGAUAGUGGUGUGUAAAUGUUUCCUUUCUGUCCCACACUAGGAUUUGCCAAGAGCUUGUACAGAUCAAACAUUAAACAGAAAAUGAACAAUUC